AUGGGACAUCUCCCACCUCGCUGGGUAAUCUGGGACAGUGCUUCACCACCAUCAUGGGCAGAGUCCUCAGCUGCUUGCAAGGUGUGCGAGGGCACGGAGGAGAUGCCAGAGCCGCUGAAGCAGUGCCUGGAGUGGCUGCGUGCCUACUUCUGUGAGCCAGCGAGGACAGCCAGCCUGCCCGUGCCAGCCUUCCACCACCCCCUGCUCCAGAGAGAUUCCUUCACCCAACGAGUGCUGUGGACCCUGUUGAGAGAUGUGAAGUUUGGGGAGGCUGUUUCCUACAAGCAGUUGGCAGACUUGGCAGGCAAUGGAAGAGCAGCCAGAGCAGUGGGAGGAGCAAUGAGGAGCAAUCCGAUCCCAAUCAUCAUUCCAUGCCACAGGGUGAUUUGCAGCAGUGGGCAGAGCGGUAACUAUGGUGGAGGAAACCUGCUGAAGGAGUGGCUGCUGUCGCACGAGAAGCUCCAGAAAGAAAAGUUAGCAUAUUGAUGCGGCUGGGCCGCCGCCGCUAACCAGCCAAGAUGUACAACCGCCACUCCUUGCCUUAUAACAAGCUCUCCAGCACCCAGCAGAACUCAGGGAAAUGGUAAAUAUUUGAGUGACACAGAAAUAUAAUGCAACAUCCGAAGUGAAAUGUGUGGUGGCACCGCUGUAUUAAAAAAGCGGGCUGCGUCCUGAGGGAUGCAGCUCGGCUGCCCUUUCUUGUUUUUACAUUUUACAGCAGAAUGACUACAGCGGUCCAGGCCUGGUGUGCGUGGAUUUUGUUCCCAUCUCCAGCCCUGUUUUGUUCUAUUUUUAAUGUCCAUUAAAGCAAGGAUAAGGGGAGUGGGAGGGCCGUGGCAAAUGCGAGGUGCAAGCCUUUCCCUAAGGAAGCAGCUGGUUUGCCAAGGGGGCAGCCAGCGAGCCCACGCCUGGGCUCUCUCCUGCCCAGCUUGUUCCUGCUAGCCCCUGUUCAGGGCUCCACUCUCCUUUUUGGGGCCUGAAAUGGCAUUUUUAGGUUAACGGGAGCUGAGGGAGCACAUUGGGAUGGCUUCAAAAGCAAGCAGCAUUUGAAUUGCUUGUUCCCAGCUUUUCCUUUUGGACUGUGAAAGAUGGGAAUAAAUAUUUUUGCUUUUGUGAAUGUCGCAAAAAAGCAGCUGAAGAGAAGCUGCUGCCAAACUGUCUGAAAAUUAUAUGUUAAAAAUCAGCCCAAGUUGGGCAAAAUUUUGAGAAGCUCAUUAUAGCAGCACAUUUCCUUUUAU